UAAGAUAUUUUAAACAAAGUUUUUUUUUUUUUUUUUUCAAUCUCAGCUAGCCUCUAAAAUAGUUUGUUUCACUCGCUUCAACAAUUGCAGCUUGUCUUGAUUUUUGUUCCUGUGUUUGGCUUUUACAGUACACUUCCAAGUUAAAAUAGCAGUCAUAAAUUUACGUCAAUAUCUUGUCAGGACUUAGGAUCCAAUUUAGAAUUAUGACAGUUUGAGAGAAUAGAGAUUGGUGACUCUGCUAAGGUAGGUUAGUUGAGAUAUUGCUUUCUUGUCUGUGAAAAUGAAUGUAGAGAUCUUUGAAGUUGAGUGGUAUGGUAAGCUAUUAUUAUUUUGGUAUAAAAUUUUCCGAUUCGGAAAUAGAAUUUUAAAUGCUUAAACGGGUUGCUUGAUUGGUUUACAUGUUUCAGUUUACUUUCUGAUGAAGCAUUUGCAUAGCUCUAGAGUGUCAGGUGGCAAUGCUUUUCCUUGUUGCAAUAUGCGCGGCUGUGGAAAGCAACGGAGAAGAAAAUGGUGGACCAUGUAAACAAAAUGCGUUGAAUGCUAGGCCUCACAGUGUGUCGAUCUUGGAGUUUGGGGCUGUUGGAGAUGGAAUAACACUGAACACAGUUGCGUUCCAAAACGCAAUAUUUUAUCUCAAGUCGUUUGCUGACAAAGGGGGUGCCCAACUAUAUGUUCCAUCUGGUACAUGGCUUACUGGGAGUUUUAACCUCACCAGUCACCUCACUCUGUUCCUUGAGAGAGGUGCUACCAUCAUUGCAUCUCAGGAUUGUUCCCAUUGGGAUGUAUUGGAUUCGCUCCCUUCUUAUGGUAGAGGAACUGGGAGAUAUGGCAGUUUAAUCUACGGACAGAAUUUAAGUGAUGUGGUAGUUACUGGUGAUAAUGGAACAAUAGACGGACAAGGUUCUAUCUGGUGGAAGCUGUUCAGUUCUCAUUCCUUAAACUACAGUCGACCAAAUCUUAUAGAAUUUGUUGAUUCGGUUGAUGUCAUAAUUUCCAAUUUGACUUUUGUGGACUAUCCAGCUUGGGGCAUCCAUCCUGUAUAUUGCAGUAACGUUCAAAUUCAGAACAUCACUUCUCGUGCACCUGCCGAAUCCCCUUACACAAGUGGCAUAGUUCCAGAUUCUUCUAAGUAUGUUUGCAUCGAGAACAGUAACAUUAGCACUGGUCAUGAUGCAAUUGUGUUGAAGAGUGGUUGGGAUCAGUACGGAAUUGCCUAUGGAAAACCAACCUCGAGUGUCCACAUCCGCAAUGUUUACCUAGAAUCAUCAUCAGGUGCUGGCUUGGCUUUGGGGAGUGAGAUGUCUGGGGGAAUAUCAGAUGUUAUUGCAGAAAAGCUUCACAUACUUAACUCGUCUAUAGGCAUUGAACUGAAAACAACUAGGGGCAGAGGAGGCUAUAUGAAAGGCAUCUUCAUUUCUGAUGCAGAAUUGGAAAAUAUUCACUUGGGAAUAAGCAUGACAGGAUACUCCGGUUUCCAUCCAGACGACAAGUAUGACACAAGUGCACUUCCAGUUGUUGGUAGCAUUACUUUCAAGAAUGUGAUGGGUGCAAAUAUUGAUGUUGCUGGGAAUUUUUCAGGAAUAUUUGAAUCACCAUUCUCAAAAAUCUGUCUUUCAAACGUGACUUUUUCUCUCAGUUAUGAGCUAUCCCCUUCGUGGUUCUGUUCUAAUGUAAUUGGUUUCUCCGAGGAGGUGAUUCCUGAGCCAUGCCCCGAUCUCCAGAGCUCCUAUUCCAAGUUCUUCUUUUCUUGCUUUGCUUCCCUAUAUCCACACCCUAGUAAUAUCUUCGGCUCUUUAGAUCAAGUACUAUAAUUACCCGUUCAUUCACUCUAUACAAGAAACAAAUUUCACAAUGCAUCUAAAGCCUCUUCAACUUCAUCCAAUUUCCAAUAAACCAAAAUUCUUGAUGCAAAUAUGUUCCUUCUCUUCAACAUUUCAAUCAACCUUCCUUUUGUUGGUGUCAAGUCCAAAUAGUACAUUCAUGUACAGCCUCAAUUUCUUCAUUCAUGUAAGAAAUUUUUUGAUGGUGGUGUACAGCCAAAGACGCUUUUUGCUUUGAGCGUAUCAUUUAAAACAAAGGAGUGCUACCUUGAUUCUUUGUCUAUCAUGAAUUUGCUCUGUGGUACACAGUGUAUUGGUUUUGAUAAAGCAAAGCUGACAGUAUAUUCUCUUUAAUUCACAUUAUAUGAUUGCUUCUGUUGACUUUGCUUGGUAUGGCAGAAGCAUGCAUGGUGAUGGAAUUCAUUAACCUUGAAUUCCAUGACACUGUGUUUUCUUGUCACGGCAAGCAUAGCCAAUCUUAAAAUAACACGAGGACAGGAAUAUUAGGAGCUAGAUUUUUAUGAACAAGGUUGAAAGGUUUGUGUGUCCUAUAUCCAACGUUAGGUCAGUGGUCUUGAUUCUUCUGCUUUUUCUUUUCUCCAUUGGUAGACAGCUAUGCUUGACUAAAUCUGAUGGACUGCCAGUGGCCACCAAUUCCAUCAAUGGCUGUGCAUUGUCCCACUCCACCCUGGAGCUGGGAAACCUGAAUCAGUUGGUUACAUCACUUCAGCUUUCUUACGUACCAUCUAAUUAAUGGAGCCACCACUAAACCUAAACCAAGAAUUCGCGUGCAAAACAUGGUCACCAUUGUCAUCAAAUCUAUAAGCGAUAUGUUACUUUCUUCAUUUGCAUUAUAUUCACAGAUAUUUAAGUACUAUCAUGUUUUUCUUUGCAAGAACUUUUCUAAAACAAAGAGAUUAUUGUACGCUUUUAAGUCAAAGAAUAAUUAAAAAGUCGUUACUUCGAACAAUUAUUUAAUGAUGAUUGCUUUUCUUUUAUUUGAAAUGGAGGGCCCUCGUACCAUGUCUUUUGCCUUUUCAUCACCAUCAAGAACUUCGUAACAUGGGAUUACAGAGUUAGAUUGAACUCAUCCUCUCUCUCAAUUCAAAUCAUAAGAAAGUCUAAUUAAGCGUGGAUAAGUUCUCCCAAAUAUGCUUGAUGCCCUGUAACUAACUAUAUUGCUUUAGUAAAAUUAAUUUCUUUACCACACACUUUUACGUAAAAAAGUAUGAUUAAAGUUAAUUAAAAUGUA